AUGUCACGUCUUGGGAACAGCUUGAAGGUGAAACAUUGCCUCACCUUUGCUUCGGGUCUGUUGGAGUGUCUGUGUUUUGCUGGAGCCUUGUUCGGAUGGGCUUCUCUUGUUUUUGUCCUGAAGACGGAGGGCUACUUCAGCUCUCUGUGCGUCAACACCACAGGAGUCAAUGCAACGCAGGUCUUAGAUUGCAGUGGACAGGACGAACAGUUCUCUCUUGUUUUCACCAUCGCCUCCUUUCUGUUCUGUUUCCUGACAUUGCCCACUGGUUUCCUCUUAGACCGGUUUGGUACAACAGUGGCUCGGCUUUUUGGAAUAUUUCUUUACACCAUGGGGACCUUGAUGGUGGCCUUCUCGACUGCAGCUUUCUCCAACCUGCUGUUCCCAGCUGUGUCCCUCCUGUCAGUGGGUGACAUUGUGUUUGUAAUAACCAACAUGCAGGUAGGAAACCUGUUCGGCUCACGUCGCUCCACCGUCAUCACUCUCUACAACGGGGCCGUUGACUCUUCCUCAGCACUCUUCCUUGUCAUCAAGCUGUUACACGAGGCUGGCGUCUCUCUCCGCUCCUCUUUCCUGUUCAUGUCCGCCUGCAGCGUCAUGCACCUGCUCAGGACUUUCUUCCUGCUACCCAGAGACCACAUUCCCUACCCACUGCCUGAUGACUACACAUACGGGAUGACCUGCGGUAAAUCAAAGACUCUGACCUCAGAGCUGACAACAGUGAAUGGUAACUCACUGGAGACGACAGAGGAAACGCCCCUCAACAAGGACGUCCCUGUGAAACAAGAGAAGAGUUUCCGUGAGUGUGUGAUGUCCAGGCUCUUUGUGUGGCACGUGCUUUGGCUGUCGGUGAUGCAACUCAGACAUUACUUUUUCAUCGGCACCCUCAACCCCAUGCUGCACCGUCUGACGGAGGGAGAGCCUUCACUGGUGAACCAGUACACCAAUGCCUUUGCUAUAACACAGCUGUGUGGCAUCUUGUGUGCUCCCUGGAACGGUCUCAUCAUGGACAGAUUAAAGGGCAAACCUCGUGCUGAAGGAGAGAGUGAACAGGAAGCAGAUCUGCGCGCCUCUGUGCUUUCUCUCUUCGUGACGGUGCUGCAGUGUGUGUUGUUGUCAGUGUGUGCCGCCACCCCGUACCUGCUGCUUCAGUACCUCACCUUUAUCCUUCAGGUGCUCAACCGCUCCUUCCUCUUUGGCGGCAACGCAGCCUUCCUCAGUAUGGCUUUCCCGCCUUGCCACUUUGGGAAGCUGUGUGGUUUGGUCCUGGCUCUGUCUGCAGUGUUUUCUCUGCUGCAGUAUCCCUUCUUUGCCCUGGUGAAUGGCCCUCUGGGUGGAGACCCUUUAUAUGUGAACAUCGGUCUGACGCUGCUCAGCCUGCUCGCCUUCAUCCAUCCCCUCUCUGUCUUCCUGCACUGUCGAAGUCUCGCCUCCCAGCGAGCUAUCAAUGCCUCCUCUUAAAGUCUGUAAAAUGAGUCUUGCACCUUAAAUAUCCUUAAUAUCACCAUGCUACCUAUUCAGCUUGUUUGUGCAGGGUGGUGGUGGCCUAGUGGCACUUAACUCUGAGUUGCUCCAGGGGGACUGUCCCUGUAGUUAGUUGACUGUAAGUCGCUCUGGAUAAGAGCGUC